AAAUCGGAGUUGUCCGUAUAUUAUAUUUUGUAGCGAUCAAGAGAGACUAAGGCAGACAUGUGAGAGAGGAGAGGAUCCUAUAAACAAUUUAUUCUAAGAGCUUUACUUCCUCCUUCUCAUAUAUAUACUGCACAUACACACAUAGUUCGUCUCUAUAGAAGAGAGUAGAAAUCAAUCAAGAAAACUCAAUACGAAAGGGAAGAGGCUGAUCCAAAGCAUAGAAAAUAAUGGUUUCAAGGGAACAGAAGAAAGGUUCUUUGCAAGAGAAGUUUCAAAUACUUCGUUCAGUCACUAAUUCUCAUGCUGAAAACGAAACUUCGAUCAUAAUGGAUGCAUCAAAAUAUAUCCAAAAACUUAAGAAGAAAGUCGAAAGAUUCAACCAAGACACUACGGCAGAGCAAUCUUCAAGCGAGCCCACGGAUCCCACCACAGUGACCACACCAAUGGUAACAGUGGAAACCCUAGAAAAGGGUUUUAUGAUAAACGUAUACGCAGGGAAGAAUCAGCCAGGCAUGCUUGUUUCGGUAUUAGAAGCCUUUGAGGAUAUUGGGCUUAACGUUCUUGAAGCUAGGGUUUCAUGUACCGAUUCCUUUAGCUUGCAUGCCAUGGGAGUCGAGAAUGAGGAUGGAGAAAGUAUGGAUGCUGAAGCAGUGAAACAGGCAGUGACAGAUGCAAUCAGGAGCUGGGGUGAAAACAAUGAUCUACAGAGCUAGAUUGACCCACUUUUCUUCAAUUUCCUUUAUUUAUUUCUUAUUAUACAAAAAAAUAUAAUAACACAAUUUCUAUAGUAA